AUGAAUAGCCAGAAUUUUUUAGAAAGCAAAUUUAAUAAUAUAUCGUAUAAUACAUAUGAAAAAGACAAAAAUUUAGAAGAUUAUAUGAAGGAAGUUGUAACUCCUUUAGGUGACACUUAUAUAAUAAACGAAAAAACUAAUGAAAAAUUCAUUAAAGCAACUCAAAGAAGUGAUGGAACGUUUAGAAAAACUAUUCGUGUAAGAAGCGAUUAUAUGCCACAAGAAGAAAAUUGUGUGUAUAAAGUUAAAGGAAAACUAUUAGAAGAACAAAAUAAAAUUAUAAAUACAAGUAAAAAUUUAAAUACUAAUACAAAAGUAGAAAAUACAAAAAAAAUUCCAGGAUGGAACCCUGUAAAUGAACAUGAAAACACAACCAAUAUAAAAAAAAAAAAAAAAAAAAAAAAAAA